ACCUUUAAUAGGACAGGAAGUGUGUGUUGAUGAAGCGGCGAGACUGUUAGCUGUCAUGGCGCUUGAUGUGAAAACUAGAGCAAAACGAUACGAGAAGCUGGACUUCCUCGGCGAGGGUCAGUUCGCCACAGUAUAUAAAGCCAGAGACAAAGUGACUGACACGAUAGUUGCAAUUAAAAAGAUUAAGGUCGGACACAGAACUGAGGCCAAAGAUGGUAUAAACCGGACUGCUCUCAGGGAGAUCAAAUUACUCCAGGAGCUGCAUCAUCCAAACAUCAUCGGGCUGUUGGAUGCAUUUGGACACAAAUCAAAUAUAAGCUUGGUGUUUGACUUCAUGGAAACAGACCUGGAGGUCAUCAUCAAAGACACCAGCCUUGUCUUAACUCCAGCCCACAUUAAAGCCUAUAUCCUCAUGACGUUACAAGGGUUGGAGUACAUGCACCAACACUGGGUCCUGCACAGAGAUCUGAAGCCCAAUAAUCUGCUGUUAGACGGGAGUGGAGUGUUGAAGUUGGCUGAUUUUGGUUUGGCCAAAGCUUUUGGCAGCCCCAACAGAGUCUACACACAUCAAGUUGUUACCAGGUGGUACCGUUCUCCUGAGCUCCUGUUUGGUGCCAGGAUGUACGGUGUGGGCGUAGACAUGUGGGCUGUGGGAUGCAUACUGGCUGAGUUACUGCUUCGGAUACCGUUUCUCGCUGGAGACUCAGAUCUUGACCAGCUGACUAAAAUCUUUGAAGCUCUUGGGACUCCCACAGAAGAGACGUGGCCUGGGAUGACGAGCCUACCAGAUUAUGUCUCCUUCAAGAUAUUUCCUGGCACCCCCCUGGAGCAUAUAUUUAGUGCGGCUGGAGACGAUUUACUCGAGCUCCUGCAAGGCCUCUUCACCUUUAACCCAUCAACAAGAACAACGGCCACACAGGCUCUAAAGAUGAGGUACUUCAGUAAUCGCCCUGGUCCCACUCCUGGUGCCCAGCUUCCCCGACCCAACAGCUCAGUAGAGGCUUUGAGGGAGAAGGAAACUGUUGGACUAAAGAGGAAAAUAGACGGCUUGGAUACAACUGUUAUGAAGAAGAAGCUCAUUUUCUGACCACAUGGAACCUGGUAAAUCAGACGAAAUCCACCGAUUUUUCCCAGGAUGCAACAGGAAUCUCCUCUGGAAACAAAUAAAAAUCCAGAUUCAGUCGAGUCUGGCUCAGAUGAGACUGGCUUUAGGACUUUGUAGUAUUUAUACGAGGAUCGUGGCCUGCGGUUAGCUCCAGAUGUGCGCUGCUGAACUCAAGACGUGUUUUCACGGAUAAUUCAGCUGUGGAAGCCCAUUAGAAUAUUUCUAUUUGUUACUAAAGGAAACACGAGUCUUAUUCAUGUCAUGAAUGUUUUAUUUUUUUAUGUAUUGCCAAUAAAAGGUGUGAAUGCA